AUGUCGUCCGGAAACCCUUUCCGCCUUUCUCAAGCUCCUCGUCAGCCCGCGGCCAUCCCGCAGACUUCCUUCAUCAACACGGAUAGCAGUGUGUCUGAGGCGCGUAGGGAGGACAACGACCAUGUGCUCGAAGAUGCCGCCCCUCCGCCGACAAAGACCAAGAAGUCUGUCCGCAUACUUUCUCCCACUACGACAAUCCCACCCUACUCGUUUGACGACAAGCAUGCGACUCUGAGCGAGCUCAGAGACAGGCGAUCGAGCCAAGGUCCUCCUGCGAGCCCUCCGCCCCCCGUAACACCCGCUGGCCAUGCCAACAGUUCAGUCACAGCAGGCGAAGCCAAUGCCCAAGUCAUUGGGAAAGACGCCAUGGCAGUAGCAGACGUGCCCCCAAGUCCAAGUCCAUACGUGAAUCACCCUCAAGCGACCCUAUCGCCGAGCAACGUACCGGCGAAUCCGUUUUCGAGAACGCUGGCGUCACUAGAACCGCAAGAAAGGGAGAACGACGAGGAGCGGACAAAUACGGGAAGACCAAUGUUGGGCAGCAGCAGGGCAUCUUUAGACGUAGAGAGCUUCAAAAACCUACUCAUGACCGGAAAGCCAACUCCGCGACCAUCCGGUCCGCCUCCGCAGCCUACAAGCGUGUCACAACCACUUGCUGGCGCACAGUUCGAGACUAGCAGUAGCACAGAUACCUCGUCAAUCUCGCGGCAGUCGCUAUUCGAGCCCCCACAAGAGACACGUGCAGAUUCUCCGCGUACAUCUGUCGAUAUGGCUGCAUCUGACGAGGACGAGAGUAUGGGGCUGGUAUCCGAAGUGAAGAAGGGCAAAAAGAAGCCUCCGCCUGCACCCAAGCAUCGACACGGGAAGCUGGUCGCGCCGAGACAGCCACAGACAGUGUCUUUCGAAAGCUUUGCCGCGACCGAACCAGCACAAGCACCUUCUCCUCCAGCUAUUAGACGAACCGACAGUUCAGAUAUGCAGAAGCCACUCCCACCAACCCCGGUUACUGCGCCACAGUCCCUCCAUAUCAGCACACAGGAUACGACACCAUUACAGUCCCCACCAAUACUACCGACAGCGACUCAGCCUUCAACACCGUCAGAGGGUCCAACUCGACAAAAGAAGACGCCUCCGCCCGUGCCGUUAUCUCGAAGACAAAGUCAGCUCAAGACUACAACUACAGGCAAUAGAUCGCGAAGCAGUUCAAACCUUACUAUAUCCUCUCAAUAUUCAGUCGAUGCCCCACAGAGCCCGGGUCCGAAUACCUUCGACCCAUUGCUCGGAGCAAAAUCACCACCCCCUCCUCCACCCUCACGGCACGGCGCACGGCUUGCGAACCUAGGCAACUCAAGCGCAAACUCUUCCAGUACCGAGUUGCCACAGCGGUCGAGCUCGGGUCGAAUGCCGAGAUCUGUUCCUGAGCCUCCGUCGUCUCGUCGGAGCACUCUAGAGUCACAACCUUCUUCGCCUGCACCUAGUGUGCACCGCACCUCAUCCAUAUCGUCUAAUCGCAACACCCAUCGCAAUGUGUCUGGAGAAAGUACAGGAAGCAAUAUGCCGCCACCUCCGCCACCACCAAGACGCCGACAGUCAAAUCGCUCAAGCCUUGACCAGCAAAGGCCUCAUGUGUCCUAUUCCUCUCCCACGGAAAGUCGAAGAACGAGCACAGAGUAUCGUCGCACAAGCACAGAACAGAGGCGAUCGAGUGUAGCUAGCGAGAGUUCGCUGAGAAGAACGUAUGAACCUGUGGAUGAGAAGAGCGAGAAUGAACACGCUUUGUACUCUCCAAUUGAGGAGAGCGAGAGAAGGCUAGGUCUUGAUGAGAACAUAAGCGGUGGAAAGGAUGGCGAAAGGAGGAGUGAUUCGAGUAAUAUCCUUGACGACAUGGAGAAGUUCCAGCGCGAGAUUGAUGAGCUGAGGACGAGAUACAAACAAGCGGGAUAG